CCAGAAACCUCCCUCACUCCCUCAAAGUACCUUCUUCAUUCGGCGUGCAUGAAACACAUCAAGCGCGUCGAGCUGGGACAAGCGCAAAGUUUUUACUGGAUGUUUUCGACCCUCAUUACUUGUACUGUAUGUCAAAACGACGCUUUUUUAUUUUGCUCGGGAGCAGUUGCGAACUAACCGGUUUGAAGCGUUGAACUGAAGUCAUAAAAAUAGCGCCUUUGCUGUCGGCGAAGCUCCUCAGGUGGUUUUCUCCUCCAGCGGGACAAGACGACGCGGCAAAAGUUGCUGAUUUCGUUCAUUCGGCGCAGGUCUGCAAACAAAUGAACAUUUGAGCUAUAUUAGUUCCGCUUUGCGUUUGGUUUGUGUAUUUUAAAACGCUUCAUUACCUGUUCGGAAAAAGGACAAACGGGCCAACUCAACAGGUCCAGGAUGGAGCAUGAAGCAGAGAAGUACCAGCAGCGACUGCAGGCUAUAGCGGAGAAACGGCGGAUACAGGAGGAACAAGAGCGAGCCAGAAGAGAGAUGGAGGACGAGAGAUUGAGACUACAGCAGCUUAAGAGAAAGUCCCUGCGAGACCAGUGGCUGAUGGAAGGACCUCCAACAUCUCCUGACAGUGCAGGACCCCGAUCUCCCCUCUGGGGCUCCAAAGCUCAGGAGAUUGAGACACACAUUAACAAAUUACAGGCGACAUCUGAGCAUUUGGCAGAGGAAGAAGUCAAACUGAAGAAACUGAUAGACGGCACUUCUGCUCAAUCUGGCACAGACGAGCAAGCACACCAUAAGGAUGAGCCGGUACUGGAGUAUGUGGAAACAGUGUCUGAGAUGACUCCUAAUGGACCCAUUGUGGAGAAUGGAAAAGUGGAAAAGCAAGAUGAUUCUGUGCAUGCUGUGAAUCACGAGGAACACGAACACACCGACGCAAAGACAAAAACAGACACCGAAACAUCUUCAGCCGUUACUAAUGGAAAUGUGGAAGGAGACCACUCUUCUGUUAACGGCUUCUCUAGUCAUCCCGCUGAAGGAAUAGGAGCUGCCGGCAUAACUAUGACCUUCCUUGGGUUCAAAGAAGCAGAGCCUGGGCAGGGAGUAGAUGAGGAUGAUGAUGGAGGAGCCAUAAUCCGAGCAGAAAGAGUCAUCAUCACUGACGAAGGAGAAGAAAUCCUAGAGGAAGAACUGACGGAUGAUAAAAACCAAGACGGAAGCACUGAAUCAAUGGCUUUAAAGGAAGAAACCGAAGAUGAGCCGGAGAAAGCUGAAGAUGCGUCCGCUGAAGAGAUUGUUUUGGAUGCGGAAGGUGAAAAGGAGCAGGAAUCGAUUGAUACGCAAGUCCAAAAUGUAACCUUAGAUACUUCUGCUGAUUUGAAUGAGGAAGGUGAAAUGGAAAAGGAGCAGGAAUCUGUUGAUACACAAGUGCAAAGUUUAAGCGUAGACACAGAGGCUUUGCAGGUUUCAGUAAAUUACACAACACAACCGUCUCCGGUUACUAAACCAAAAGGGGAAACGAACGCAACAGAAUCGCAAGUCUCGAAAAUCGAGGAAGCUUUAGCCUCUACACGCAUCUCCGUCAGCCAGUUUCAAGAAGUUCCUCUGGAUGAGUCCAAUGUAGGAACCGAAAAACAGCAGGUCGAACAAGAGCCUCUGCUGACCUCCAAAACAGCGGCCCAGCUGGACACCAGCCUCCCGAACCGAGCAGAGGAAACAGGAGGGCCAAAGCGAAAAACCUGCCAGUGCUGUUCCAUCAUGUGAACGAUCCGCUUAAGACUGUAUGCUUCAUGCCUGUUACUCUGAAUCAAGACAUUCUGAUCUUCAGCUAUUUCAAUGCUACUUUAAAGCAGUGUCAGAGUGUUUAUAAUCUACUGACGCAUACCAGACUCACUUUGCCCUUAGUGUGUUGAAAUAUGAUGUAAAAAGAUGCACACCGCCUUGCUGGAAAGGACUGGAAAGUGUGUAUGUUGUUGGAUAACGUGUUUCAUUUCCCAGCCUCUGGUGUCUGAUUAUGAUGCUGUUUUUAUGCUUGGCGACUCUUGAGUGGUUGGCUGACGACCCACAGCGGCCUUGACGGUUUUAACACUAGCAUAUCAAAAUAUUUAGUUUUUAUAAAUGCCGUGGGAUUCAACCCACGGGGGUAAUUAAUAGGUUCACCGUCUACAAUAGUUGUGGCGUACUCUGUUAUAAACCACUUGUGUGCCUUGAUUAUGAAUCAAAACAAAGAGAUGGAAUGGUUGCCUGUGAUUUUAUAAGUGUUGAGUUGUUGUUUUUUUUGUAUUGCUGAUUGAUUUGAGUUUUGAUCGCUUUUAUUGUUGUUACAGUGCCUCCAACUGCCUGACAGAAGUGUAUUUCAACUUUAUAGGCAUAGUUCACUCAGAAAUUAAAAAACAUUCACAUUUUCUUUAAAAAGCAAGGAGGUUUAAAACUACUUAUGAAAAUAAAAUUAAAUCUAUAGAGAUUUGGAAAAACAUGGCAAAUAAUAAAUGCACCUAUCAUUUACUCACCCUCAAGUAGUUUCACAGAUUUGUUUUUUUUAGGGAUGCACCGAUCAGCUGGUACCAAUCCAAAUCUGAUCUACAUUCUAUGCAAUUUAUAAAAGCCAUGAAGGUAGCCUAUUAUACAGGCUUAGAAAGUUGUCUGUAGGCCUACUAUAUCCCAAAUGUUCUGAAGCCAUUCUAUAGUUUAACGUGAAGUACAGAUGAAUAUUCAAGUGGUUAAAUUCAGGUUCAGUUCAGCGCUUCCCGCUGCCAUGCCUGUCAAUCGUUCUUCAUUCAUUUACAAUUCAAACUGCGUGUCGCGUUCAUGACAACUCGAAAAACUUUCUCCAAGACUAUUGGUUCCUGUUAAUAUAAGCAAUCAGUGGAGAAAUACAUUUAGUUUUGCAUUUAAUGGGUUCAUUUUGACCUGCAACAAGGAGUUCAUUGCUGUUUCUAAAUCAUGUUGCUUUUUGUCUGUUAGAUCAGCAGAUCACAUUCGCAAAACUGGAGUAGGGUUAUUAUCUGCUCUUCACACACUAAAGUAGGCCUACUUGAAGUUUUAAAUGAGAAAAGGCUCAAUAAUGCAUUGGACAGAUCCUCAACGCACUGAUUUCUUCCCUUUGUGCUGCUCAGUUUUGAAAGUGUCCGCAGAUACUGGAGGGCUGCGUGCUGUUUCUCAGUAAUGCAUCAAGCGCUUCAUUUACGCACCGGCGCAAUGUGCACCGCUCUGUAAAAUUAUUCUGUAAUAUUCAAAGUUCUUGUUCUCUCAUCCUUUUGACUGAGUUUAUUCUUCGGAGGAGAAUACUUUCAGUGCUGCGAAUAGUUUGUAAAGCCUGGCUCACUGUGGUCAAAGUAGUUAGUAAUAGAAGUAGAACUGACGGGUGCAAUAUGGAUUGUCAUUAACAGAAAAUUAUUUAGCCUAAUAUAGACUACUCUGAAACUAAAUAUUUCACUGUCAUUUUAUUUAUACUAAUAUUUUAUUUAACAAACAAGUUUGUGUUUUGAUUAGGGUCAAUAGUGGUACCCUAAAACAGAUUUCAAAGAAAAAUCUUAAUAUUAAAAAAAGGAAACAUAAGCUGGACCACAACAGAUCAAUGUAAUUACGAAUGCUCAAAUAACGUAACCUAGUUCACAGCAAGCAUUGUUUUAGUCAGAUCUCUUUAAAACAAAACAUAGAAAGGUUUGGAACCACUUAAAGGUGAAUAUAUGAUGACAAUUAAAAUUCUAGGGUGAACUAUCCUUGUUUAUGACACUGUUAACAUUGCAAUAUAGGCUCAUACUCAAAACGUAGCCCUAUAUACAUUUCUGGAGAUCGCAAAUUAUGUAGCCAGAAGUACAUAUGACUGCAUUUCGUCUGUAAAAUGAAUGCUAUGAGGCGGUAUGACUCUGUUCAUUUUCGUGCUAGCAGCUGACCUCUUACCUCCAUAUGGACGCUGUUCCCGCUGUUACCGGUUUUCCCAGUGGCUCGCCAUGUACGUCGGCGGACUGGAGAUGCAGAGAGGAGCUGACCAUGAAGAUGGGGUUUGAGUCCGGCGAAGAACAGUUUUUGUCUUUCCUGCUUUCUGGAACCGAAGGCAAAAAAUAAGAUAAACAAUUAAAUAACAGGGUGAGAUUGUAGUAAAAUCUGAAAACAUGGUAAAAAUCAGGCUGCCGCGAGGGCUUUUCUUUUUCUGGAUUGCUUUUAAAAACUGUCAGUUGGGUUUAGGAAAGUGGGUGGUCAGGUCAAUUGGUGCUUUUUAAAACACUGUUGGUUGGGUUUAGGGAAGGAGGAGGGUGGGUCAGUCGAUCGGUGAGUCGACAGUGGCCUCUGGUGGAUUUACACAAGAAGAGCAGGUGCGAAUGGCACUAGCGAGAGAAAUUUGAGAUCUCAAAAACCGUACACAGUGGCCUCUGGCGGAUUCGAGAAAACAAAAACUGCAAAAAAAUGGAACUCCUGGGAUGUAUUUGGUGCUCUCCAGAUAUGUGUAUAGAGGUACGUUUUCAGAACAAGCCUGGCUUGGUUCACCCAAAAAUGAAAAUCAUGUCAUUAUUUACUCAACACAAAAAAAACAUUGGAAACUGGUAACUGUUGACUUAAAUAUUAGUAAAAACAAAUAAUAUGGAAUUCAAUGGUAACAGUUUUUCUAAAUUCUCCAAUAUAUAAACAAACAAAAAACUCAAAUUGGUAUGAAACAAGUCAAGGAUGAUUCAAUGACAGAAUUUACAUUUUUGGGUGAACUACCCCUUUAAUUUCUACUGACAUUUCUAUACACACUGCUUUGUUAAUGAUCAUUUAAACUGUGUGACAGCAACCACCAUAUCCAUAUGUACUCAAUAUUAUUCAAAAUUUUCAGGAACAUAAUUGUUUUAUUCAGCAGACAGUUUGAUGCAAAUUCUCAGUGCCUUAACUGAGCGCCUGUACAGAAGUAAUAAAAUGCUGAACGAGAAGCGGUGAAGAUUUUGUAUAGAACGUUUACAAUGGAAAAGUUACAGGAUUAAUAAACUAAUCUGAUGAAAUUUAAUCAAA